AUGGCCCAUUCCGACACAAUUUCCGCGCUAAUCCGAUCCGGUUUUUCGCAGAUCGAAUACAUCUGGAAAGCGCAUCGAUCAUGGAUGCAGUGUGCCUACAUCUUUGUACGCCACUUUCCCUACCUUGCGGAGAGCGCAAUAUUAAUGAUGCUACUACGAGCCCAAGAUAGUUCUCCCUGGGGUCCUGAAAAAUGUCUGGACUGGCUCAUCUAUCAGCUGUCAGUCUUUCAAGCACUUAUAGUCGUCGUUGAAGCUGUUUUAGUUGUUCGAGUCUACGCAAUGUUCAACCACAAUGUUGCCAUAGUGACGGUUUUGUUCCUGCUUUUUGUGGCAGAAAUUGCCGCAAUGAUUGUCAUUCUCGCUCUCUCCAAACCAGGGAUCCGAUUCCUUGAUAGUUCAAAUUGCCUGAUCAGCCAUGUACCGAAGAUCUUAACAUUGUAUUUACUGCUAUCAUUGGCAUUCGAGACCAUUCUGUUUGGGUUGACUUUAGUGAAGUUUUACACCAGCGCCAGAGGGGCGGAUUGGAGGAGUUCUGUUCUGUAUGUACUCGUCCGUGACGGCGCAUGGGCAUAUGCUUUAAUAUUUAUCAUAUUGUUGGCGAAUACGCUCAUGUAUCGCCUUGACCACAAUGGACUAGCGGGACUGUGGUUCUGCUGGGGGCUAGCAAUACCAUCUUUUGCUGGAUCGCACAUCUUACUGAAUCUCCGGCGGCUUUCAGUGCCCGAAGUGUCUGAAGGCUUGUGCUUUACGACAUGCAAUUCUAUGCUAUUUGUGCCAGAAUUGGGAGAUGCAAGUGAGGUGCCCGUCGAAAUCCAUGAACAUGAUCGGAAUAUACUAGCUGUAUAG